AUGAGGGGAUUGAGUUCGAACAUUUCUGUAGACACACGUGUGCUGCUGUCUAGUGCGGUAAUAACAUUUGAGGUGAAUGACAUGCCGGUGGAUAUGGUCAAGGCAUUUAGGUCGCUAGAACCCUGGGACCCACUAAGCCAGGCAACGAGGAGUUGUUUCAACCUUCUCGAGCAAGUGCCGGAAAUGGAAGCAGGGUUGCCGGCCGCGGAGCACGUGGAGUUGUCUACGGGGGAGCUGAUCGCAUUACAUAAUGCGGUUAGGGUAAACCAGGAUUUGCUUAGGAACGUUCUCUUGUCGGGGUGUGCCUGCCUGCUUGCGGUACACCAAGUGAUUCUAACGCACCCAAAAACGUGUGGGGCUUCGGCAGAGCUGCGGAAGACCAUUGCGGCGUGGGCCGGUGGGGCGCGCUGCCCGACUCCUGCAACCAAGGCUAAUAAAAUCAAAAAGCUCAAGUUCUUUCUACUGUCACUUACCCGGUUUUUCGAGACGGAUGACAAACAUGUCACCGUACCCAGAUACCAGCCGUGCAAUCCAGGGGCGGUUUUGAGAGGUGCGUGGAAAGACGCCAAGGCCAAACUAGAUCUCGAGGGCCGGCUUUCAGCGGGAAAGAUAAUGGUGGAUGCGGCGACUGUCGACGAAUACAGAGCGCGCAUGGGAACCCUCGCUUUACCCAUUUCCAACUGA